GACAGUUCGGACAUAGGUAAGGGGAUGACCAGGGCCAUUGCGGGACAUCACCCCCCAUGUACAUUCUAUUCACAUAGGACUGGGGACACAGGUCCUGCCCCAAAGACCCCCCCCCCACAUGUUACAGGGCAUGUGGCUGCGGACUUGUUACAGGGGAUGACUUCGACUGCGACCCCCUUGACCAGAGAUGCUCACAGGGAUGACCAGAGACUGCGGACACAGUACAGGGGAUGACCAGAGACUGCGGACACAGUACAGGGGAUGACCAGAGACUGCGGACACAGUACAGGGGAUGACCAGAGACUGAGGACACAGUACAGGAGAUGACCAGAG